AUGACUAUUGAGGAGAAAAGGGUCGUGGUAGAACCUAUUGAAGUGCUGGAAGAUGUUCCCUUAGACGAAAGGAACCCUGAGAGAUGUACCAGGGUGGGGGCAGAUCUAGAAAGAGGAGUUAAAGAAAACCUUGUUCAGUUUUUGAAGAAGAACGUAGAUGUGUUCGCUUGGAGUCAUGAGGAUAUGCCUGGAAUAGAUCCUAAUGUCAUCACCCAUCGCCUGAACGUAUGUCCAUCCUCGAAGCCAAUUCGACAAAAGAAAAGGGUGUUUGCUCCUGAGAGAGAAAAUGCUAUUAAAGACGAGGUUCAAAAAUUGAUGGCAGCAAAGUUUAUCCGAGAGGUGUACUAUCCGGAUUGGUUGGCCAACGUAGUAAUGGUCAAGAAGGCGAACGGCAAGUGGAGGAUGUGUGUGGAUUUUACUGAUCUGAAUAAGGCUUGCCCCAAAGAUAGCUAUCCAUUACCACGAAUUGAUCAGCUGGUGGACUCCACCGCGGGCCAUAAACUGCUUAGUUUUAUGGACGCUUUCUCAGGGUACAACCAGAUACGGAUGGACGUGGUCGACCAGGAGAAGACCUCAUUUGUUACUAGUCAGGGCUUGUUUUGUUAUGAAGUAAUGCCCUUUGGAUUGAAGAAUGCUGGAGCAACGUAUCAGCGACUGGUCAAUCACAUGUUCCGUCCUCAGAUUGGGCGAAAUGUCGAAGUGUAUGUGGAUGAUAUGUUAGUGAAAAGUCUGGAAGAGGGUAAGCAUUUAGACGACUUGCAAGAAACCUUCAAUACACUCAGGCGAUACAGUAUGAAGUUGAACCCCAGUAAAUGUGCUUUCGGAGUGGCUUCGGGAAAAUUUCUUGGAUUCAUGGUCUCACACAGGGGGAUCGAGGCCAACCCAGAGAAGAUCAAGGCAAUCCUAGAAAUGAAGCCUCCGCAGAAUACUAAAGAAGUACAAUCUCUCACCGGGCGAGUUGCCGCCCUCAACAGGUUUGUCUCUAAAGCUACUGACAAGUGUUUGCCAUUUUUCAAGGUUCUAAAGAAAGCCUUCGAAUGGACGGACGAGUGCCAAAGAGCCUUCCAAGAUUUGAAGACAUAUCUUGUCAUGCCCCCGCUGCUAAGUCCGUCCGUGGUAGGAGACGAGCUGUUUUUGUACCUGGCAGUGACCCCGCAUGCUGUGAGCUCAGCGCUGAUAAGAGAGGAAGCAAAAGUGCAAAAGCCAGUGUAUUACACCAGUAGGGCCUUGAGGGGGGCGGAAGCACGAUAUCCGCCAAUAGAAAAGCUGGCCUUCGCGCUCAUCACAGCUUCCAGGAAGUUAAGACACUACUUCCAAGCCCAUGUAAUCAAUGUUAUGACAGAUCACCCACUUAAGAAAGCUAUGAACAAGUUGGAAGCCGCAGGACGUCUGAUCCAAUGGGCGGUCGAACUUAGCGAGUUUGAUAUCCGAUACCAACCAAGACAUGCUAUUAAGGCUCAGGCCCUGGCAGACUUUAUUGCGGAGUUCACCCCAAGAUGCAACGAUGAAGUGCAGGAGAAUAAAAAUUGGGUGGUCCAUGUAGAUGGCUCGUCCACACAGCGUGCGGGAGGAAUAGGGGUGGUUUUGCAAUCCCCUGAAGGAGACAAGUUGAAGCAUAGAGUCCGUCUACAAUAUCGACCAACUAAUAAUGAAGUGGAGUAUGAAGCUCUGCUUAAAGGGCUAGAAUUGGCUAAGUCUGUAGAAGCGGAGUCGGUUCUCGUCCUGGGAGACUCUUCGCUGGUAAUGGGCCAAAUAAAUGGGACAUAUGAGGCGAAAGAAGAACGAAUGAAAAAGUACUUGGAGAGGGUAUUACAGCUUGUGGAAAAAUUCAAGAAGGCUAACUUCAUUCAAAUCCCGAGGGAAGAGAAUGCAGAAGCAGACACCUUAGCGAAGGAAGCCUCAGCAACUGGAACAACCGAAGAGUAUGAUGAAAUUCAGUACGUCCCGAGUGUAGAUCUCCCGGAAGUACAGCAAAUAGGGAAUGAAGAAAAUUGGAUGACCCCAAUCGUCUCGUAUCUGAGGGACGGGCGACUUCCGGAAGCAAGGGACGAAGCUAAAAAACUCAGGAUAAAAGCAGCAAGGUACGUCCUUCUGGACGAAGUUCUCUAUAGGAGGGGCUUUUCUCAACCUUAUCUUAGGUGUCUGACCCCAGAAGAGGCGAACUAUGUGCUGAGGGAAGUUCAUGAAGGAGCCUGUGGAAACCAUUCAGGAGCAAGGUCGCUUAUCCAAAAAGUCGUCCGUGCGGGGUACUAUUGGCCAACUGUUCAAGUGGAUGCAAAAGCUUAUGUCAAGGCAUGCGACAAGUGCCAACGAUUCAGUAAUGUCCCCAGACAACCAUCUGAGUACCUCACCCCAAUGAUGGCCCCGUGGCCCUUUGCUCAAUGGGGCCUGGACAUCCUGGGUCCAUUUCCACUUGGAACUAGACAGAUGAAAUUCUUGGUGGUAGGGAUUGACUAUUUCACUAAGUGGGUGGAGGCAGAACCAUUGGCACACAUUACACAGCAGAAUGUAAAAAACUUCGUCUGGAAGAAUAUAGUGUGCAGAUUUGGAGUACCCAGGGUACUAGUUUCCGAUAACGGGCGACAGACGACAGUGAGGACCCCUACAGGGGAGACCCCUUUUAAACUAGCCUAUGGAAGUGAAGCAGUUAUACCUGCGGAAGUGCACAUGGCUAAUCAUAGGGUAAUGUCAUAUGAGGAGAAGGAUAACGAGGAGCAACUCCGCUUGAACCUCGAUCUUAUAGACGAAGUAAGGACAGAAGCAGAGCACAGGGCAGCGAAGUACAAGAACCUCAUGGCUAGGCAAUAUGAUGCAAGGGUGAAACCAAGACGUUUCAACAUAGGAGAUCUAGUCCUGAGGAAGGUCUCUUUAGCAACCAAGAACUCAGCUCAUGGGAAAUUGGGCCCUAAUUGGGAAGGACCCUAUAGAGUCAUCAACUUCAAAAGACAAGGAUCCUAUUACCUGGAGGCCCUGGACGGGAGAAAGCUGGAACAUCCUUGGAACGUGGAGCACCUGAGGAGGUACUACCAGUAG